CAAGUUCAGCGCUUCGACUCUGCUGGCAGACAAGAGGAAUAGGCUGCUUGGGGACCUAGAAACGCCAAAAAGUUAUAUAAAAAAACCGAUUUAUAUAUGUAGGCUUAUACAGUUGUAUUUAAAGUUGUUACAAAAUAAGAAUAUUCAAAAUACUUCACUCAAAGGGACUUCUUGGGAAAUUGUUGAUUUAGCCUGAAGGUGGUUUUUGGAUAGCCAUGCUGACCCACUCGUCCCUGCUCCUGCUGCUGUCUGUCGCUCACCUCAGCGCCCCCUCGUCAGCCCUGCCCUUCGAGCAGAGGGGCUUCUGGGACUUUGCGCUCGAUGGGGACGGAGGGGGGAUGAUGAUGAGGGAUGAAGAGGAGGGCUCGGCCGUGGACGAGCUGCCCCCGCCGGACAUGCCCUCCUGCCCCUUCGGGUGUCAGUGCCACCUGAGGGUGGUGCAGUGUUCUGACCUGGGACUGACUGCUGUGCCUAAGAGCAUCCCAGCUGACACAAGGCUCCUGGACCUGCAGGGCAACAAGAUCACAGAGCUGAGAGAAAACGACUUCAAGGGCCUCAGCAACCUUUAUGCUCUUUCGCUCGUGAACAAUAAGAUAUCCAAGGUGCACCCGCGGGCAUUCACCCCUCUGCGCCACAUGCAGAAGCUGUACAUCUCCCACAACCAGCUUACGGAGAUACCCAAAAACCUGCCCCGCUCCCUGGUGGAGCUGAGGAUCCAUGACAACAACAUAAAGAAGGUGUCUGCGGGCACCUUCUCAGACCUGGGCACCAUGAACUGCAUCGAAAUGGGAAGAAACCCCCUUCAGAACAGUGGUUUUGAGGCUGGAGCUUUUAAGGGGCUCAAACUUAGCUACCUACGCAUCUCUGAAGCCAAACUCACGGGGGUGCCCAAAGACCUCCCUGAGAAUCUACAUGAGCUUCACCUGGACCAUAACCAGAUACAGGCCAUAGAACGGGGAGAUCUGAACAAAUACAACCAAUUAUACAGAUUGGGCCUGGGCUACAACCGCAUUCGCUCGGUUGAGAAUGGCAGCCUGGCUUCUUUAUCCAGCUUAAGAGAACUGCACCUGGACAAUAACCAGCUCUCCCGUGUACCGCAAGGCCUGCCCGACAUGAAGUACCUGCAGGUGGUCUACCUCCACUUCAACAACAUUGGGCAGGUUGGCGUGAAUGACUUCUGCCCCCAGGGCUUUGGGAUGAAGAAGACUUUCUACAAUGGCAUCAGUCUCUAUAGCAACCCUGUGAACUACUGGGAGGUGCAGCCGGCGACCUUCCGCUGUGUUGCUCACCGGUUGGCCAUACAGCUCGGCAACUACAGGAAAUAGAGUGAAGGAAAAAGAGAAGAAAUUAAGCCAGUGAAUAAGAUCCAUUCAUAAAAACAAAUAUGUAUGUUAAUUUUAUAGUGAAAGAGAGAAGAGCAGAACAGAAGAGAGGAGGUAGAUGAAGAAACAAAUAGUGUGAUGCCAGUCCCAUAUAUGUAUAUUUUUUUCCAAAAUCUGAUUCUCUGCGAUGAUUGUGCCAUGUGGUUUGGAGAGUACCUCUAUUCCUCAUCCAUGAAUUUAAUUUUUUUGCAUGAGAAAAAAUGUAAAACACCAAUCCCAAAAAUAUAAAUGAUGCGAUUCUUUUUUAGUUUUAUAUGUUUUAUCCACUGACAACCAUCACUAUUGUUCUGUUUUAUGAUUUAGGAAAAGAUGGAAAAAGUAUUUCUGGUGCAGUGAUAUAUUUUUCCUUUUACAGAAUUUUGUUGCUGAUUAUGAUUAUUUUAUUGUAUUUUAUUUUAUUUUGUCCGUGGUGAGCUAAUAUGAGAACAGGUCUGUUACAAAGGAAUGCCUGAAAGCAUUAUGAUAAUUACAGUUUUUUCUAAAAACAUUAUGAGUCUGGGUUAUCAAACUUGAAAAUGUGCUUUAUUUUUAUGUCAUGUUUGUAUCAUGAAUUGUCCUUGUUACAGUAACUGGGGCAUAUUGGUAAUCAAGUGUACCAUGUCUGCCCACAGAUGUCAAGGACAUUUUUCAUUUUUGAUGUACAGUGUCAAGUGAACUCAGCGUCUGCAUUACUUACUGGCUGAAAGGAACAUCUUGAGCUAAUAUGCUUUACAUGACUUGGGAGGUGAAUCUCUGGCUAUUUAUGUUAUGGUAGCAAUGGAUGAUGUAUUAUUUUUUACUCAAAAAUCUGAUCACACUUUUCUAAUAACUUUCUGUGUGGAGUGUCACAUGGUUUGCACAAGCAUAAAAAUGUAUAUCCGGCUAUUCUGCCUGAAUGCAUAUUGUGUUCUUUGUAAUAUUUCCACGUGUACAAAUAAAGAUUUUCAGCUGUA